AUGACAACUCUAUUGCGUCUCCCGGCAGAGAUCACUGAGCUCAUCUUUGCCGAGCUCCCACCAAGCGAUCUUUUACGUCUCCGACAAGCAUGCAGGGAGGCAAACGCGAGGACGAUUCAUAUCGUCGGCCCGAAGCUCUUCCAGAAGGGCAAUGUUACACUUGAACGUCAAAGUCUUCAGUGCCUCUCCAACGUAUCCAAAUGUCACCACCUUGCUAGUUCUAUCCGAACGUUGAAUAUUUGCACCUAUCAACAUCUAUCCUUCGGGGACAUUCAACAUACUGCGUCGCCUUUUGACUGGUACAUGCAAGCCAUAGAUCUCCAGAGGGAACUCGAGGAUCUAAAACAGCUGCUCCUUGGGGGACGAGACAUCGAGGCUCUGGCGCAGAUUCUAAGACGCCUUACUAGUUGCAAACGUAUUAACAUUUAUCAAAGCGACCAGCCUUCCGAUAUGAGAAAUCUGGAUUGCGGCUUGAAUAUCUGGUCCCCGACAGCGUUUAUAAAUCAAUCAAGCAAGGGUUUAGGGUCUGUUUGUGAUAUCUUUCACGUUGUCUUGGCUGCUGUAGUAAGCAGCGGAUUGGAUAUCGAGAUUCUUGACUUCACUUGUCCUAAGCUAUUGAUGGGGGGGUCUACUCCCGUCAUGCACGAAAUGUUCGCGGGGCUCCCUUCUGCUAUCUCUGAACGACCUGGCCUUGAAAGCCUUAGAGAUCUCCGCAUUCUCAUUGACCUAACUAAGGACAUAUCGACAGGUUGGGUGUCUGAAUUUGUUCAUUUCAUGGGCUUAUUUCCUCAACUUGUAGACCUUCAGCUCCACUUUCAGCCUCAGCUUCGAUUUGAUCGUGAAAGUUGUAAGGAAUUUGCGACACUUUGGUCAACUCUCUAUAUUCCUAAUCUAGAAAAGCUUGACCUCGGUUCGAUCGACUGCACCGGCUCGGACUUAAGCCUUUUCAUCCUCCGUCAUCGUACAACACUUCGGGAAAUUCAUCUUGAAACAAUAAACCUAAUUGAUGGAACCAAUGGUUGGCAUCUGAUAAUUGAAAUUCUUAUGUGUAUGUUUGACGCGGUCUCUUUUGCCAUGGUGGAGUGUCUGAGUGCAGGAAGAGAAUUGCAGUAUUUGAGCGAUGACGGUGAAGACUUUGACGUCCUUGAAGCCACGAGCCCCGCAGGCUUAGGGGACAUUGCACUGUCACUGCGCCGAGCAAUUUGA